CACACGGUAGUUCUCAUGUGUCGACAGGGGGGAUGCAGGAGCUAAUAUCACAACACUUUACAACGUAUGGUUUCAAUUUGUACUCAAAACUUUUUUGUAGAGCGUGUGAAGUCUGUAUAAAAAAUAAUCCACAAGGGAAUGUAAGACCAAAGAGAGGAAAAUUCCCAGAACCAGCAUAUCCGUUCCAAAUGCUGCAUAUGGACUUCAUAGAACUAAACAGGUGUGGACUGUACAAAUACUGUUUAGUCCUAAUAGAUGCCUUUUCAAGGUGGACAGAAAUAAUCCCAGCAAAGAAUGCAGAUGCUAUAACAGUAGCAAAGGCUAUCUGCAAGACCAUCAUUCCCAGUUAUGGUAUCCCAGAGACCAUUUACAGCGACAACGGACCACAUUUUGUCAAUUCAGUCAUUCACAAAAUGGCUGAACAUUUGCAGAUUACAUUGAAAAAUCAUUGUUCCUAUCAUCCAUCGAGUGCUGGCCUUGUUGAACGGACAAAUGGAACAAUUAAAAAUAGAUUAACCAAAUGCAUGGCAGAAACAGGAAGACCAUGGCCCGAAUGUCUAGAUUUGGUAAAACUCUAUAUGAGGAUUACGCCCUGUAGCAAGGGUUUAACCCCUUAUGAGAUCAUUCAUGGCAGAGCAUACAGGCUCCCUCUGUUCUCACAUGAUUUAGACAAAGCCGCAGAAGAGCUAACUCUAGCCGACUACAUGAUCAAAACCAUGCAAACGAAAGAAGUCUCAAAUGCAAAUUUACUGCCCUCCACUCCUUUAUCUCCACAGGAUGACUCAGCGAAACCAGGUGACUGGGUCUUCAUCAAAGUAAUCAAAAGAAAGACGUGGUCUUCACCCCGGUGGGAGGGACCAUUCCAAGUCCUACUCGCCACACCCACCGCUGUCAAGAUUGCAGAAAGACCCAGCUGGAUACAUCUCAGCCACUGUAAGCUGCAGAGAGUGCUUGGCUCCUAGGCCUCGGUCAGGGCGAAGUCUGGCUACAAAGGGGGUGCCAAUUAUAGUUUGGCAUCAGUCUCAAACCGGUGAAGAACUAAGAACCCUGACCAUUUAGCUCCCUAGGGGUUCAGGUGGCUCUGUGGAACUGAACGGAAAAUGGCACUCAGAGGAGUGCUUGUCUGUGCUGUGGCUGUAGCAUGCUUGCCAAUGACAUGGAGUGUCCAGGGUCCCCAAGGGGAGAGUGGAACUCCCGCUCGAAUCAAGAGAAUGACGACCGAACUGUUGACAAAGUAUAUAAAGAUAAACCCAGAUAUACCCCAUGCAGACAACAUGUGGUACCAGUAUGUAUCCAUGUUGGCCGAAACAUACAAUCAAACUAAAUGUUAUGUAUGUUCCAUAAUGCCACGAUCAAGUCAACAACCUGUCCUACAUGCCCGACCCAUGCCAGAGAAAAAUGCAUGGUGUUUCGCAAUACUAAGGGCUUUUGGGUUUAAUCCCCUCAAAGGACUCAGACGGUCGGAAAGUAAUGAGGCACAACUAGCCGCCCAUCCCUGUUACAACAUCUCAAGGCCAUUCACAGUAGUGUCAAGAAGUUCUGUCGUCACACCCGCACCAGUGACUCUCGAAGUGAGUGAAACCAUCUCACAUCCCCUGUGCUUCCGACGAAGACGUGUUGAUGGAAUAAAGGUGGGAGAAACAAAACGCUGCAUCACCACCUCACUUCUAGGACCUACCGACGAGACCUCGUUGAAUAUCACAGAAGCAAUCAAACAAGUCCUAGCAGGAGGCGAAAGUCCCCACUCUAUCAUCGAAGGGGGAUGGUGGCUCUGUGGUCGCCGAGGCUACGCAGUCCUUCCAGGACGAUGGGAUGGCACAUGUGCCCCCGUAUAUGUGUCAGAUCACACUGUGUUCCUCAGUCUGACACAUCUUCAGGAACAUCAUCAGCGAAAGACACGUGCAGCUGUUGCUCCCACCUUCCGUCCCUACGACAGUGUCUGGGGCUCAGACGUACCAGAUGAAUACAAGCUUUGGAGCACAGGACAAAAGGUGGCACUCACACUCUUCCCACAGGCGGGUGUGGCUAAGACUAUUCUCCGAAUAGAAACUAUGGAUUACAGGUUGAAGACCUUUGCCAAUUUUACACUAGAGGCCCUUACAGGUUACCAGACAGAACUGCAAGCCCUGAGGCUAAUGGCACUACAGUCCCGAAUGGUUUUGGACCUCCUGACUGCCGAAAAAGGAGGUGUGUGUGAAAUAGUUGGUACCUCCUGUUGUACCUACAUCCCAGGAGAAAAUGACACCCACAUCGAGUAUGCUCUACAAGGACUUCGGAAUCUCCGUAGGGCUAUGUCCCAGGACGAAACUCCAGCCAAGGAUGUCCAUCCCUUUUGGUGGCUGUUUUAUGGCAAUUGGAAGCAACUUCUCUUGAAAGUCGCGGUUCUUUUAGUUGCCAUACUGUUAUUUCUCUGUAUUUUUACAUCAUGCAUCAUACCUUGUAUUCGUCACAUGAUGACUAAAAUGUUGACAUCAGCGUUUGCUGUCCAGAAUAUCAUGUUGGUCCAGCGUGAACAAGAUGAGUGGGACCACCUUGCGUAAAUCGCCUACCUGGUUGUUUUUUCUUUUUGAUGAUCCAAAA